AUUUCUUUAGCCUCAUCGCCUAUAUACCCACUUAAAGCUUUUUUAAAUUUUAUCAGCGAGAUAUCUGCUAUAGUCGCAAGAUAAUAGUUACACUUAAGAGAAUCAAUCAGUCGAUCGCUAUAAGUCGAGUGCUCAGUAACAAUGUCGCCGAAAAUAAGAAUUCUUGUGAUAGCUCUCUCCCUUGGUUUCGGACUGAUCUUCAAUAUUCUCACCAAAUAUUUUGCAGCACUCGAACGGCCUAACCUACCACUCAAUCAGUACUGGGGCGAAGGUAAGCCGCCAGCUGACUAUGACCAGCCAAAAGAUCUUCAAAUAGUUCGACCGUUUUUUGGUGAUGAUAUCAUUGAAGACUUAUCCAACCGCAUUGGGGUGAGAAAUGUUUCCCUUAGCAAACCGUUGGAAGACGUUAACUUUGAAUAUGGAUUCAACACCAACUACUUGAAGUCGGUUUUGAAAUAUUGGAAAGAUGACUACCUUCCCCGAUGGAGAGAACGAGAGAUUUUCAUUUGGCAAUUUCCUCAAUAUAUAACUCACAUUCAAGGACUUCGAUUGCAUUACAUGCAUCUUAAGAUCUACGACGAUGUCAAGGAAGUCAAGAAAAUGUAUCCAAUUCUUCUCCUCCAUGGAUGGCCGAGCUCUGUGCGAGAGUUCUAUGACCUUGCACCAAAACUAUACGAAGGCAGUGAAGAGAGCAAUAUUGUUUUCGAUAUUGUUGUACCAAGUUUACCAGGCUUUGCAUGGUCUCAGGGUUCAUCAAAGAAAGGCAUGGGUCCAGCUCAAAUCGCCGUAAUUUUACGAAAUCUCAUGCUUCGAGUUGGGUAUACGAAGUUUUUCAUUCAUGGCAAUGAUUGGGGUUCGGAUAUUGGUUCACACAUAGCAACUCUAUUCCCAGAAAAUGUCCUUGGCUAUCAUUCGACCUCAUGCACUUUGAAUACACCGUUGUCGCACAUCAAACUCUUCAUUGCAAGCCUAGCUCCAUCGUUCUUUGUUCCACAAGACUAUACGCACUUCUUCUUUCCUCUAUCGAAGUCUGUACGGAGUUUCCUUGAAGAAACUGGUCAUUCCCAUCUUCAGGCAACCAAACCAGAUACAAUUGGAAUCACAUUAACGGACAAUCCAGUUGGUUUAGCGGUGUAUAUUUUGGAAAAAUUCUCAACAUGGACAAAUGAUACAUUCAAGACGCUGCCUGAUGGUGGACUUCCACAAAAAUUCAAACUGGACACUCUGAUUGAUAAUGUGAUGUUGUACUAUCUUACCAAUUCGAUAACAACUUCGCAACGUAUUUUUGCAGAGGCAAAUUCAAAAGAGCAUCGUCAGUUGAACUUAGAUCGGGUUGUGACAAUUGUUCCGACAGCAUGUGCACGCUUCAAAGGAGAUCUUUCGCAUCAGUUUGCCACAGAUUUUCAAUUGGCAAAUAAAUACUUGAAAUUAAUCCAAAGCACCUACUAUACUAAAGGAGGACAUUUUGCUGCAUUGCAAGAGCCAGAUGUGCUUUAUAAAGAUAUUAUAGAAUUUGUUAAAAAAGCCGAGAAAUAUAUGAUUUAAGAGAUCCUAUUCCUAAUUAA